CUCUCGCGGGGUUUAGCGUGGCACUAGGAGGCUGGGCCCGGGGAAGGGAGUAGUGGUCCGUUAUCGGCGUUGGGCUCUGGCCGCUGUGGCCGCGCUUUCUCCUCUGCGCACGGGGAGCUGUUCAGGCUGGAGGCCAGCCAGCUCUUGCCGUCGCUUCGGUAGCGAUGGGGGCGCAGGACCGGCCGCAGUGCCACUUCGACAUCGAGAUCAACCGGGAGCCGGUUGGUCGCAUUAUGUUUCAGCUCUUCUCAGACAUAUGUCCAAAAACAUGCAAAAACUUCCUUUGCCUCUGCUCAGGGGAGAAAGGCCUUGGGAAAACAACUGGGAAGAAGUUAUGUUAUAAAGGUUCUACAUUCCAUCGUGUGGUUAAAAACUUUAUGAUUCAGGGUGGGGACUUCAGUGAAGGUAAUGGAAAAGGCGGAGAAUCAAUUUAUGGUGGAUAUUUCAAAGAGAAUGUGGUCUUUUGCAAAAUGAAAAGGUAAGAGAACGAAGCUCAGUAACACAAACUCCAAUUCUGUUCCCUUGCACCCUUCCUAAUAAAUUUAUGGACAGUCUGGGUCAGGUUGUGGCUGGAUUUCAGUAUUGCUUGAAGACUUGGAAAAUUUUGUAUACUGUUCCAUACAUGCAUCUGUAUCUUUUUUCUUUUCCUGAUGGGUUAUUAGUUCCACAUCAGGGCAAAGAAUCUGGUUGUGUUUUUUUUUCCCUAAAUCAAGCAAUUUCUUUGAAUAAAAGUUGGUAUUUCUUCCUUUCUCCAAGGUUUGUAUGUUUUCUUUUGUAUACUAGAACUAUAUGAUUGUGUAUUAUUCCUACAGUAGUAGCAUUUACAUAAAUCUAACUAUUACACUUGCCCCAAAAAGCCUUAGAAAAGUCAGUUGCAGAGAUUUAUAAUGGGAUCCAAUAUUACUAGGUUUUAAUGCCAUGAUAGCUUCAGUGUUAUAAUAGUGUUUUAUAUUUCUUUUGGGGAAAAAUGGAUUACUACUCUUUUUCAGAAGCCUGUUCCCAAGACGAAAACUUUGUUCUCAAACACGACAGAGCGUUCCUUUUGUCAAUGGCGAACCGCGGGAAGCACACCAAUGGGUCCCAGUUUUUCAUCACCACAAAACCUGCUCCGCACCUGGAUGGGGUACAUGUUGUCUUUGGACUUGUUAUUUCUGGUUUUGAAGUAAUCGAACAAAUUGAAAAUCUGAAAACUGAUGCCGCAAGCAGACCUUAUGCAGAUGUGCGAGUUAUUGACUGUGGGGUGCUUGCCACGAAAUCAACAAAAGAUGUUUUUGAGAAAAAAAGGAAGAAACCAACUCAUUCAGAAGACUCGGAUUCCUCUUCCAAUUCCUCUUCCUCUUCAGAAUCAUCUUCAGAAAGUGAAAUUGAACAUGAGAGAAGCAGAAGAAGGAAACAUAAGAGGAGGCCAAAAGUUAAACAUUCUAAAAAGAGACGAAAGGAAGCAGGCAGUUCAGAAGAGCCAAGGAAUAAACACAGAGUGAGCCCCAAAGGUCACUCUGAGAGAAGUGAUACCAGUGAAAAAAGGUCAGUCGAUUCAAAUGCUAAAAGGGAAAAGCCAGUGGUCCGGCCGGAAGAGAUUCCUCCAGUGCCCGAGAACCGAUUUUUACUGAGAAGAGAUAUGCCUCUCGUCGCGGUGGAACCGGAACCGAAGAUUCCUGAUGUUGCACCCAUUGUAAGUGAGCAAAAACCAUCUGUAUCGAAGUCUGGACGGAAGAUUAAAGGAAGGGGCACAAUUCGCUAUCACACACCUCCAAGGUCAAGAUCCUGCUCUGAAUCAGAUGAUGACGAUAGCAGCGAAACUCCUCCCCACUGGAAGGAGGAGAUGCAGAGAUUAAGAGCGUACAGACCACCAAGUGGAGAAAAAUGGAGCAAAGGAGACAAGUUAAGUGACCCCUGUUCAAGCCGAUGGGAUGAAAGAAGCUUGUCCCAGAGAUCCAGAUCAUGGUCUUACAAUGGUUAUUAUUCAGACCUUAGUACAGCAAGACACUCUGACGGUCACCAUAAAAAACGCAGGAAAGAGAAAAAGGUUAAGCAUAAAAAGAAAGCUAAAAAGCAAAAACAUUGCAGAAGACACAAACAAACUAAGAAGAGAAGGAUCAUUGUACCAUCUGACAUAGAAUCCUCAAAAUCUUCCACCCGACGAGUGAAGUCCUCUUGUGAUAGAGAAAGGAGGUCUCGUUCUUCCUCCUUAUCAUCUCAUCCCUCAUCAAAGAGGGACUGGUCCAAAUCUGAUAAAGAUGACCAGAGCUCUUCAACCCAUUCCAGCAGAGACUCAUACAGAUCAAAGUCUCACUCGCAGUCUUAUUCUAGAGGAAGCUCAAGAUCAAGGACUCCAUCAAAAUCCUCGUCACAUUCUCGAAGUAGAUCAAAGUCCAGAUCUAGUUCUAAGUCAGGGCACCAAAGGCCAGCAUCGAAAUCACCAAGAAGGACAGCCUCUCAGUUAAGUGAAAAUAAGCCAGUUAAAACAGAACCUUUGAGAGCAGCAGUGCCACAAAAUGAAAACGUCGUGGUACAACAGCCAGUGGUGGCAGAAAAUAUUCCUGUGAUACCACUGAGUGACAGUCCCCCUCCUUCGAGGUGGAAGCCUGGACAGAAGCCCUGGAAGCCCUCUUAUGAGCGAAUUCAGGAAAUGAAAGCGAAAACAACUCAUUUGCUCCCCAUCCAAAGUACAUAUAGUUUAGCAAAUACUAAAGAGACUGGAAGUUCAUCAUCCUAUCAUAAAAGAGAAAAAAAUUCAGAAAGUGAUCGGAGUGCUUAUUCAAAAUAUAGCGGUAGAAGUUCAGAAAGUUCACCGAGGUCGAGGAGCAGAUCUUCCAGGAGUAGAUCUUAUUCCAGAUCGUACACAAGAUCACGAUCGCGAAGUCUAGCGAGUUCACGUUCAAGGUCUCGGUCUCCCUCAUCUAGAUCUCAUUCACGAAAUAAAUACAGUGAUCGCUCACAGUGUAGUAGAUCAUCUUCAUACUCUUCUGUUAGCAGUGAUGAUGGAAGACGAGCCAAGAGGAAAUUUAGAUCCAAUGGGAAAAAAAAUAACACUUCAAGUAAAAGGCACAGCAGCAGUUCUGAAAAGACACUUCGCAAUAAGUACGUCAAAGGCAGAGACAAGUCUUCAUGUCAGAGAAAGUAUAGCGAAAGCAGAUCAUCUUUAGAUUAUUCUUCAGACAGUGAACAGUCAAGUGUUCAGGUUACACAGUCAGCUCAGGAAAAAGAGAAGCAAGUCCACGUGGAAACAAAUAAUAAACAAGAGAAAAACAGAGAUGAGGAGAAAUCCAAGCCCGAACGGGAAUGCCCUCGUUCAAAAAAAAGAACUUCGAAAGAGAAUCCUUCUGAUCACUUCAGAAAGGGCAGUAAGCCCAAAAGGAAGAAUUAUGCUGGGAGUAAAUGGGACUCUGAGUCAAAUUCUGAACGAGACAUAACUAAAAACAGGAAAAAUAUUUCCCGACCGUCUUCUGAUAAGGAGGAAGGUGAGGCCACAUCAGAUUCAGAAUCGGAGUUUGGCGAAAUGCACAUCAGAGCCAAACCCACAACAAAGUCCUCAGCAAAUACUUCACCACCUGAUGGAGAUGGCACUUGGAAGGCAGGCAAACAGCGGUCAUCAACCUCUGAUUCUGAGGGGUCCUACUGCAACUCAGAAAACCCUCGAGGGAAGCCGCGGAAGCACAAGCAUGGGUCAAAGGAAAAUUUUAAAUGGGAACACGCCAAAAAAGUGAAAGAGAAAUUGAAAGGGAAAAAAGACAAAAAGCACAAGGCUCCGAAACGAAAACAAGCCUUUCACUGGCAGCCGCCACUAGAAUUUGGUGACGAGGAGGAGGAGGAGAUGAAUGAAAAACAAGUGACUCAGGAGUCACAUGAGAAAAAACGAGUGUCUGAAAACAGUGAAACCAUAAAAGAAAACAUCCCCCGAAUUGGGACGGCCUGUGAAGACGGCAGCCUUUCAGGUAAACAGAGUACAGAGAUGAUUUCAUCAGAUAUGGAGCAGCCUGCUAAAGACGACAGUAAACGCAGCAUUUCUCCCACAGCUGUAAAUACUGAGGAAAACGUAGCCAGUUCUCCCCCAGACAUUCAGCGUAUUGAAGAAUGUGUCCCAAGCGGAAUGGAGGACGUGUUUCAAGCAGAUGACAACAUGGAGAUCUGCACUCCUGACAGGAGUUCCCCAGCAAAGGUGGAGGGAGCGUCCCCUCUAGGAAAUUCGAAGCUUGACACCUCGGACAUAGGCCUUGUGGUAAAGCAGACAGAGCAUUCUGAGGCAGAGGUGGUAAAACAGGAAAGCAGCGUGUCUGAAAGCCCAGUGGUGGGCGAAGCUGGGAAAGUGGACAGCAGCUCUGCCGGCUCGGCCAGUGCUGCGGACAGUGCUGUGAAGAGGGAGGCGGCUGGGAAGAGCCAGGUGAGCCUCCUGGAUAAUAAAUGGAAGCCCCUGCAAGGCGUGGGGAACCUGGCAGCGCCGACUGCUACCACGUCCAGUGCUGCAGAAGUGAAGGCAUUGACUGCUGUGCCUGAAAUGAAACCACAAGGCUUGAGGAUAGAAAUUAAAAGCAAAAAUAAAGUUCGGCCCGGGUCUCUCUUUGAUGAAGUAAGGAAGACGGCACGCUUAAACCGGAGGCCAAGAAAUCGGGAGAGUUCAAGUGAUGAGCAGACACCUAGUCGGGAUGGUGAUAGCCAGUCCAGGAGUCCAAGUAGAUCUCGAAGUAAAUCUGAAAGCAAAUCAAGACACAGAACAAGGUCUGUCUCCUACAGUCACUCAAGAAGUCGAUCGCGAAGUUCCACAUCAUCAUAUCGAUCAAGAAGCUACUCUAGAAGUCGGAGCAGAGGAUGGUACAGCAGAGGCCGCACAAGAAGCCGGAGCAGCUCCGACCGGAGUUACAGAAGUCCUCGGACGUCCAGCAGGAGCAGAUCCCGGAGCAGCUCGUAUGAUGUCCACAGUCGGUCCAGCAGGUCCUACACUUACGACAGCUACUACAGCAGGAGUCGGAGUCGGAGUCGAAGCCAGAGGAGUGACAGUUACCAUCGAGGCAGAAGUUACACCAGGCGGUCCAGGAGUUGUAGAUCCUACGGCUCUGACAGUGAAAGCGACCGAAGUCACUCUCGUCACCGGAGUCCCAGUGAAAGCAGCAGAUAUAGUUGAAAAUGUACCCCUUUUUUGAUAUGAAUUAUAUCUUAUUUGUAAAUAUCUGGUAACUUAAAAGUUUAAGAAACUUAACGGCAGUCUGUUGUUCUAUUUCAAUAUUAGAGAUGAAUUUCAAAAAUAGAUACUUCUUAAUUGUUACUUGUUUACGUGUGCGCAGGAUUUAAAAUACAGAUAUGUCUCCUAAAAAUAUUUUUAUGCCACGUUUUACAGUAGCCAACUAUGGAAGCGAAUUUCAUUUUCUUAAAUCAAGAAACCAUGAGAUUUAAUAUAAUUUGCAAUAUUAUUUUAGAUAGACUACUCUCCAUCUCGUGUAUUCCUUAGAAUACAGAUUUCUUUUUGCCCGGUUUUCAGGUUUUAGCAUAUAUGCUGCCAAGCAUAGAACUGUGAAAGAGAACUGUUAAAGGUGGCCAAAUAUUUAUAUACAAUUACACAGAGUCUUAGACAUAUGUGCUCUUAAAAACAAACCACCCAGAAUUGUUAGUGACAGUAGCCUGGGGGUAAGGCAGUGGCUCUAGGGUUCUUAAUUCCUUCCUCCUUUGUUGUCUCAGAGGAUUGGGAGAGUGGUCAUCAUACAGCCCCACUGUAUUACUUAAGGCUGGCAGGUGAGAUAUGAAUCAGCCUUAACUGUAAACACCUGCACUGUCUCUAAGGACCUAAUAUUUUAUGUGCUUUCUAAGUUUAGACUGUAGAAAACAAUUCUGUUCCAGUUUAUGCUUUGGUGCUUGGUACCUUUUGGUGCCUCUUUAAGCAUUGUUUUUCUAUACUAUACAUUACAAUCUUGUAAGAGAGAAGUGAACAUAUUUUUUAUUAUUCACUGGCACCAAACAUGGAUCCUUCUGCGCUGUAUUCAUUUUGAAUAUUGGAGAGGUUCUCUCGAGCCACAGGUGUGGGCUGGGAGGUCUCCGGACCAGGCAGGAUCAGCAUAGGGGGUUGUGUGGCCACUUGGGUCUACUGCACUUAACUGACGUGUGCCUCUGGGAGGGUAGAUCGAAGAGCGGACUUCAAAAGUAACACCAAAACCUAACUGUCACCGUCCUGGCCAUUUGGCAGGGCUUCUGAAUCUUUCACAUGAGAGGGAGACCACCCAGUAGUUGAACAGUUCUAGGCACCAGCACGUUUUUCCUGUUUCUGCUGUGAUCCACACGGGCUCCGUGAAGCCCUGCAGGACAUGAGUACGCCCAGGACAGCAGACAGGGAGAGAGGGGUAUGGCACUGCGUAAAUGUCACGUCUUUCACAGUUCUGGGUGGUUCCUCCAAAAAUGAUAUGACCUGUAAAAACUGGUGUGAUUUUUUUUUUUUUUACUCUAGUUGGAGUUUUUUCCCCAAGUGUACUUAAUCACCUUAGUGCCAGUUUAAUCCAGAGAUGCAGAAGAAAUUCAUAUUAGCUGUUUGACGUCGAGCUCUGUGCCAUCCUCCCCCAGGCCUUGCCUGGUGUUCUUGGAAGUGGGGAAGAGCCCUCUUGGAGGGAUCUGACAACCCUCGAUGGAUGGAGGAAUGACCUUGGAUGUAUUUAAACUGUUACCCAUAAAAGGUUCAUUAAGAGGGUUUAAGGGGUCAGUUGUUGCCAAGUUGAGAGCCGAGAGUACAUUAAAAACAGGAAUUAAGUCAAACAGAUGUGCUUGCUAGUGAAUACAAAACGGUAUGUGAUCGAUAUGAAAGGUUUUCAGAAGUUACCUGCAAUGGACACUAUUGCUUUACUAUCACUCAGUGGAAAAACUGCAUUCAGAACCCAAACCAAAACUGCCAAAUCUAAUGAUGUUAAGAAAAGUUACCCUUGGGCAGUGUAUUAGUUUUUCUAUUGCUUUGUAAAUAAUUACCCGAAAUUUAGCAGCUUAAGACAACACCCGUUUCUUAGCUCACAGUUCUGUAGCUCGUGAGUCCAGCACAGGAUGGCUGGGUUCUCCGCUCAGGGUCUCACAAGGCUGAAAUCGAGGGUCAGCAGGGCAGCAUUCCUUCAUGGAGGCUCUAGGGAAGAGCCUGCUCCGAGCCCACGCAGAUGGCGGGCAGCACACGGUUCCCGCUGGGGCCUUCGGCUCCUCAGGGUGGCCGGCGGCGUGCCUUCUUGGGCGCUCCCCUCCAUCUCCAAACCAGCAGUCACCCAGCAAGUCCUCCUCCCAUGCUUCAUUCAGAUCUCUGCCUUCCUCCUCUGUUUUAAGGUUCAUGUGAUUAGAUCAAGCCCGCUGAGAUAGUCCCCCUGUUUUAAGGUCAGCCGCGUCACAGAACAUAACAUCGUCAAAGGAGCGCUACCAUGUGCCCAGGUUCCUGGGCCAGGCAUGGAAUGAGGGAGGUGGGGGGCGGGCGUUUUAAAAUUCUGCCACCACAGGCACGAACUUUGCCCAUUGCAGCUGCAGGUGAAAUUUUAUGCUGAAAAGGUGUGGGCCCUAGAAACCUCAUUUUCUCCAUGGAAAAGAACAGCCCUGGGCUGCAGCAUUCAACUUGUGUGUUUACUGAAUGAACUACAGAGAUAGCUUUUCUUCCUGAGGGGAUUGUUCUGUAUUUUAAAUUAUUUUUUAAUAAAACUGAAUUAUGUUGUGUAUUGUGCUUCUUAAUAGAAAAUGCAUCAUUGGACUGGUUUUGUAACAUCCUGUUUACUGCAAUGAAACAUGACAUAGCUGGUACUGUUUAAAAACUAGAAAAUACUUUUGUACAUAUCGGCAAUGUCUAAUUUGUAUACACUUCAUUUAAAUUCCCCUAACACUUGAAAGGGGGACCUCGUAGAAAUUAAAAUAUAUACUUAGUCUAAGUCUGA